GGGUUGGGUUGGAUCCGAUCCUUCGAAGACGCAUCCCUAUUCAGCUUAUAUUAAUUGAUCGACCUGAAUGUGUCGAUUGUCAGCUCCUUUAGGCUACAUCAAUGACUGGCCGUCCUUCUAUUCCCCCUGGAUUGUAUAGUGUUCUGUCGCGUGCCGAUUAACUGCACCAUGGCUAGCCUCCUUCGUCUACUACGCACCCAGUAUAACCCACCGGUCGACCCCAGUGGGGUUUCAUUUGCAGGGAAAACGGUCAUCCUGACCGGAGCUACAUCCGGACUGGGGUUCGAGGCCGCCGUCAAGCUCCUCAAUCUCGGGGUGGAGUCGCUCAUUAUAGGGAGCCGGAACCUCCAGCGAGGCCAAGCGACCAAGACGGAGCUUGAGAAGCUUACAAACAGACCCGGGGUGAUUCAAGUAUGGCAGCUGGAAAUGAACAGCUUCCAGAGCGUCAAGAGUUUCGCAAACCGGGUGAACGAGGAGCUGCACCAAUUGGACAUUGCGUUACUAAACGCCGGAAUAUGGAACCGAGAUUUCGGCGUAUCGCCCGAGGGAUGGGAGGAAACAUUGCAGGUCAAUACGUUAUCCACUUCUCUGUUGGCGCUGUUGCUCCUUCCGAAACUAAGGAGUAGCUCAUCCUUGUCCGACCCGGCUCAUCUUACGGUCGUGUCCAGCCAACAGUUCGUGCGCGUGAAAGCCAAGAGUCUUCGGACGGUGCAGCCAUUAUUAAAGCAUUUGAAUAGCCCGCAGACCUUCAAAGGCCCAAAGCAGUAUGGUAUCUCGAAGCUUCUCCUGGAGUAUGUUCUCAAGACGGUAGCUGGUCUUGUUCGGAAUGAGAAUGGCACUGUGCCGGUCAUCAUUAACACUGUAAGCCCUGGGUUUUGUGUUUCGUCUCUUGGACGGCAGUACAGUAGAUUCUACGAGCGAUGGGCGACGUGGUUGGCUUAUAAGCUCUUUGCGCGCACGGCGGAGCAAGGGAGCCGGUCGUUGGUCAGUGCCACCUAUCAGGGGGUGGAGUCGCAUGGGAAGUGCUGGCGGAGUGAUGGAUAUCUAGAUGAAUCCGUGGCGUUGACAACGGGAGCGGAAGGAAAGCAGUUCCAGGCGAGAGCGUGGACGGAGAUCAUGAACGAGCUGGAGGAGCAAUCCGAGGGGCUGAAGGAGUCAAUCAGGGGGUGGUAAAAGCGCUUAAUCUUCACUAGCCGGGGCGAUACGUCUACGCCUUCCUGCACGGGGCCAAUUGAAUGACUGGCUAGCGUGACUGAUGGGUGAUAUUCAUAGUCAGACCAUACCAGACCAUAAUUUGAUAGGAAAGAGACCUUCCCCGACGAACAGACGCUGGCCAGGCUCCACCGCGAAUGGAAGAGGAACCAGUGGGCCAAGCAUUUCCGGAACAAAUAAAGAAGCCUCCAACAUAGGGCUGAGAACGGUCGGACAUGCCAGUGUUUGGUUGCGGACCGUCCGUUGCGGCUGUCAAGAGGGUAAGGUUACACUGGCGACGGACUAUUUCUAUCUGAAGCAAUUGUUGCUGCCUCCUCAUUAGAGAGGUAUA